GGAGAAGCAGUUCACCGUCUACCUCCUUCAUCUCUCUCUCUCUGUCUCUCACACUCAUGACUACACAUCUCUCCAUCUUCACACACACUGGAAGUCGACCAGCCGCCACUGAGCCUGACAAGAAGAGCUCCCAGUGACAUUAUCCAUCACCUUUGGAUGUUUGCCCUGCCUGCCUCCAGGAUUCCAGGACACUGUCUGCUCGUGAAAAUCUGUGUUUUAAUGAGCCAUGGAUGAGGCUUCUACCUUCAGAUGUGCCGCUUGUUUGGACCGCCUUGACUUUCUUUGCUGAGGAAGCAUUCAGUGCCGGCACACAGGAGCUGCUGGGAAUUUUGGGAUUGUUUUCCUCUCCCCGUUUUUACCCUUUUGCCGGCAUUUGAAGAGUGCCAGUGGAUGGCUCUUUUUAUUUAUUUUUUCAAUGUUUUAAUUGUUUGGUUCCUGCCCGCUGGAGAACAGUGCUUACCUCGGGAUUUGUAGUCAAGGGAGUGGGGUAUGAUAAACAGCUGUGAGGGGGAGGACGGGUUGCACUGCACCACUAGACGGGCAUCUCUUGUCCUACAUUGGGGAAUUUUUUUUCUGCCUCUCGAGGUUGCACACAUGCACAUAUUUCACCCCCAGCAGCAGCAGCAGCAGCAGUGGCCGGCUGCGUUUUGCAUGCACCGAUGGAUUACUGCUACUUUAAGGAUAGGCUCACUGCCUGCUGAGGGAGAAAAGAUGCUGAUAUAGAAGAACAGGGGCAUGCUUUGUUUUUGGAGCUGCAACUUCAGGGUUAAAAAAAAUAAAAAGACUUGGAUGACAGGAUGAUGGCUGCGUUGAGCUGAAACCGCCCCCUUCUCCACCCUCCCUCUUCUCCAGUCCAAACAUGAACUCUUCCUCUGAUGCGAACCGAAGCGGCUCUCCCUCGUUCUGCCUGCUGGGCUCCAUGGGUUACUCCCACAGCAUGGAUACCUGCGUGCUGGAGGUGGUUGUCAUCCUCUUCCUCACUGUGCUCAUCAUCGCCGGCAACCUGGUGGUGAUCUUUGUCUUCCAUUGUGCCCCACUGCUGCACCACCACACCACCAGCCACUUUAUCCAAACCAUGGCGUACGCUGAUCUGCUGGUGGGCGUCAGCUGCCUCAUGCCCUCGAUGUCUCUCCUCCACUACCUUCGAGGCCUGAAUGAGGAGCUCACCUGCAAGGGAUUCGGCUACAUGGUUUCUGUGCUGAAGAGUGUUUCCAUGGCCUCGCUAGCUUGCAUCAGCGUGGACCGCUAUAUCGCCAUCACCCGACCGCUGUCGUACACCACGCUGGUGACCCCAUGCCGCCUGAGGGUGUGCAUCGUGCUCAUUUGGGUUUACUCUGCUUUGAUUUUCCUGCCGUCAUUUUUCCGCUGGGGGAAACCAGGUUAUCAUGGGGACAUAUUUAAGUGGUGCGCACUCUCUUGGAAAACCAACCCAGCAUUUAGCACCUUCAUUGUGGCGCUGCUCUACGCACCAGCUGCACUUACUGUCUGCUUCACCUAUGGGAGUAUAUUCCGGAUCUGCCGGCAGCAUACAAGGGAGAUCUCCCAACGCCAAGCCCGCUUCAGCCCGCAGACCGAGGGUGAUAAAGGCGAGCGGGGAGAGCGUUGCGAGGGCUGCCCGGACAAACGCUAUGCCAUGGUGCUCUUCCGCAUCACCAGUGUCUUCUAUGUGCUGUGGAUGCCAUACAUCCUCUACUUCCUCCUAGAGAGCGCCGGCCUAUAUCACCACGAGGUGGCGUCCUUCCUCACAACAUGGCUGGCAAUCAGCAACAGCUUCUGUAACUGUCUCAUCUACAGCCUCUCCAACAGCGUCUUCCGUAAAGGUCUCGGCCGCCUCUUUAGCCCACUGUUUCCUUCCUGCCUUGGCUGCACGGAGGCCAAAAAGGCUCCAGCCCCCGUAAGCCUGCGACCAGAUCCCCGAUGCCAAGUGUGAGCUCUGAUGAGCUUUGACUCGGAUGGAUUCGCUCCGGUCACUUUGGAGGCAUCGGCCCCCCUGUGUGUGCUUUGCUCUCUACUGCGUAGCAUGACACAGGUCUUUUUGGUCCUGCGGUGAGCACAGCGAGGCGCUUGUGCACAAGCUUUCUGGCUGUUUUAAGAGGAUGAUUUUUGUGGAAAAAGGAGGCCGUGUCAUUCCUGCUGGGACUUCUGGGAUUCUCUCUGUGUGAUGCUGCUCUUUCAUGGCUGCAGGCUGAUGACACGGAGAUAAUAAGUUUGAUGCUGAUGAAGAAAGUUCAGAGGAUUUGAUAAACAUGCCUCACUGCACUGAUUUAAUGACUCCCAAAUGCAAAAAAGUAUAGCACAGUGUGAGCUGGGCUGCCCAAUCCACUGAGAUGCAAAAAAUAAUUUAUUAAUCUUUUCAAGCCUGACUGUAAAUCUGUAAAUUGUCUUGGUUCUUUCAGGGUGGACGUAUGUGUUGCAAAAAAUGUUAAAACACUUGAAGCAGACCUCUGAUCUGUUUAGGCAACUCCAGAUGCCAACGAGUGUAGGAAAAAUCAUUCACCUUAAAAUCGUCACAUCAUGUGUGUGUGGGUUCAAAAUGCACAACAGAUGGACUUAUUUCCCAGAGAUUAAGAAGAUUUAGGAGCUUGUGUGUGUUUUAUCAAGAGGAUUUUUCUCUCGGGUGUUAGUGAGAAGCUCAAAAUCUGAAAAAGCAUCAGAUUUCACAUGAAAAAGUUGAUUUAGGAAUUAGCUUUACUUUUUAAACAUGGCCUGGAAAGUUUUUCUGCCAGCAGACAAGAAUCCUUGUUAAAGAAACAAUAGAUGAUAUGAUUUAUCCUUGUGUUUCAUCCUCAGGUUUAUCAGCGGUUCUUUUUGUAAGCCUCUGUGCUGUCUGCCUUUGAUCUCAGCUGACAGAGUACAGGACUUUUAAAUCACAAGGCACAUUGUAAGGUAAUCAGCUCAUGACUUGUAGUGCAGUCGGUGUCGAUAAUGAAUCAGCUGUCUGUCAGGAUCCUAACAUCUGGUUUCAGCUAACUUUAUUGCUCGUGUUUCUGCCCUCCUCCAGCAAGAGGGAUAUCACCCAGCUUUACGAGCCCGACCUCGCAGUGUCAGGGGUCAAAGCCUGUUUCUGAGAGCCAAUGAGUGUGUUUCUAUUUUUUCUGUUUUUUGUUCUUUGGUUUCAUGUAAAUAAACGUAGAGUAUCAAUAUUUAAACAAUGGCUAACUUCGGGGGUUUUAUUGAUUUAUUGUAGACCUGCGGGAUACCAGAUGAUCUUUUUAAGAUUAUUUAUUUGCCACAGCCAAGAGGUCUGACAUGCUGCACCUCCGGAUUGGAGCCAUUUUUUAAAAAUAAUUCAGUGUUGAGUAGAAGGAAAAGCAUUUCUUUGUAUGCUGCGUUUAAAAACUCGCAGGACUUGUUUUUAAAGUCACAAUGAAAUUUCUGAAAGCAUCUUGACAAUUUUACUUUAUUGUAGUUGGACAAAGAGGAGGGAAUGGGAUAGGUUUAAUAAUGAUAGGAAGGUGCCGGUAAUUUACCCAUUUACCACGUGUUUGCUUUUUGCCAGUGACCAUUAAACAACAGCGGUAGAAGGAAAAAACUGACUAUUAGAUACCAGCCUGAUAAAAGUUGGGUGUCACAGUGACUUGCACAAGUAGGAUGGAUAUGCAAAGUGCAAGGUGACUGCAGUCUUCAAAAAAUUCUAAAGAAUAAACAAAAACUCAUCCAUGGUCUUGAUGAACAUUUGCACAGAAUUGUGGGAAACUGUACCUUUACUUGUCAGUCAUUUCAGAGCAGGUGAGUGGGUGGGUGAUCUUUGGAGAAUAGCUGAAUGUGGAAGUGUUGUUGUAAAGUCAUUUUGCUUCAUAUGCCACCCCUAGAUGGCAAAAAACGAACAAAAAAACAUUACAAGUAUUUCGUGCAUUAGAGUAUUAGGCCAGAAGCCACACACGUUUACUUACCGUCUUUCUGGGAUUUAGCUGGUUUGUUCUCAAAGGUAAAAUCAAACUUAUUCAAGUUUUUUAUCAUAUGCAUUUAAAAGAAAUGUAUGUUUUCAUGAAAACUGCUUGCAAAACUGAAUGAAAAUCCAAACUGCACUGGCUGUACUCUGUUAUAGUUCGUAGUGGUUUUUUUUUUAUUAAUUUAUUGGCUCAUUUAGAAGAGCUCACAUUAAUAAACAGAGCUUUAAAUGAGCCAAAAUGAGGCUGUGCCAUGUACUGCAUUCUUUGUGAAUGAGAAACUACACGAGCGUUCAAACAAGCUAGCCACAGUUUGUAUUAGCAAGUGCUUUUACUGUGUUUAUUUGAAUAGUGUCCGGUGCCGUUAGUAACCUCAGAUGCUGAAGGAAACAGGCCUUUUAUUUAAAGCAGGCACAAUGAGAGGCAAGCUUUUAUUUCUCUUUUUCUCUAGAAUAAGUGAUGGUUUUCAGGUAACAACUGUUUCAGCUGAAACACAACGUUGCCUUAAGCUAAUAGGAAGUAAUAACUCUCUUAUUGGGCAGAAGUGUGAAAUCAUAUUGAGCUUUUCCUCUUUUUAUAAUGCACACAUUUGUGUAAAUGUGAAUGGUUGUCAAACCCGGUAUCCACCCCACCAACAGUAUAUGAACCAAUAUACAAUAUUGGUUCAUAUAUAAACAAACCUUAAAUAUAAUAGAGAAUAAAUCAUAACAUACAUAUAACACCUGGAGAUACUUUAACCCUACAAAGCUAAAACAUGAAGUCACAUUCCUGUAAUGGCUCAUUGUAAAUUUAAAACAGUAACGAGAAUAACACCAUCGACAGAAUGCAGAAUGGUUUCCUGGACACUUUUGUUUCAUGUAAUUUGUACCACAAGAUCCUUUCUUGAGGGAAUCGGACCACAAAUAGAAGCUAAAGCAUUUGAAAGCUUCUGAAAGAUUCUUGUCACGAACAUCAACAGCUGUCAAAUAGAAACUGUGCUCAUGCAAAGAAAAGAAAUCAAAAUAGCAGCAAAAACAGGAAAACGGAAAAGUAGCUUUCACCGCUGGAGACAGUUCUUAAGGUAAAGGGAGAAAUGAUGAUGCUGAAUUCGAAAACUGUCUGAGAUACUGGAAUGAUCCAAGCUGUUAAUGCUAUUGUUUGCCAGUUGCUAAUUUUGUAAUAUGGUGGCAAAAAAGGUUGUUAAACGUGGCUCCGGGCAUGAAAUUUCACUUGAUCCACUUCCGGAGAUGCUACAUAGCUGCUCUCCACCUCUGUGCAGAGAGCAGCAAGGAGUUUAUUUCUCACUUUCAGCUCGAAGACAAAGACCUUAAUAAUUUGAUAAUCGUGACUCGGUGUGCUCUAUGUUCACAUAAAGCAAUGGAUUAUUUAGCCUGCUGUAAUUACUUACUGGUCACAGGUGGUUUUAAGUAACUGCAUUUUCCAUUUGUCUCGAUUCCUUUUUGUAAAACUUUAGGACUGUUGUCAUGUGUAAUCAAAGAUAACAGUAGGCCUAAUAAGAUACUUGCUUGACAGUAGCUUUAUAUUAAAGGUUGUAUCUCUUGUCUGUUAAAAACCUCAGCCACCUCCCAGUAAUAAUACAGUUGCUGCAUAUGCAUGCAAUUGCUUGGUGAUCAGUUUUCUUAAGUGCUUCUGGCCGGGCUCUCCCAGCCUUCAUAGAGUGAGGUACAGAGAAGCAUGUCUGUGGCAAGUUUAAAAUCACUAGUUAACAUAAAACCACACCUUUGGACUGUGGGAGAGCAUGCAGACUACACAGGUAGGCCUUUAGCUGACCAGGAAAUUUGAACCCAGAACUGCCAGUAAGACAAUACUGCAGCGCCUCAAUUUCAGAAUCAAUUUGCAAACUUUAAUAACUUUAUGAUCUUACAAAUUACAGGAGCCAAUUAGAAUUGGCUCCUGUAACGUUAAUUUGUACAGCUGCUUGAUUCAUGAAACUGGACCCUAAGCUGUGUAUGCAGUUGGUGCCUUUAAGAACAUUUGUAAUGCAAUAAUCUGACAAAUGAUAUAGUUUGCAGACUGUCCAAGAAGUUUGUGCUUCAGUUUUGGUGAGAUUCUAGCAUUUUAUUUGUCAGUUAAUUAACACUAAUUAGCAGUUGUCUGUGUUUACCGCUCUACCCUGACUCCCAAAUAGAAUCACUCCAGGCUCAAGAGUUAAAGUCUUAACAUGCAGAUUCAAAAAAACUGAGUCACUAUGGUUGUAUCCAUCGUAUAUUUAUAGUCUAAACUUCAGUUUGCCUGCUGUCUUUGAGUAAAUGUGCUGUGUGUAAUUGGCAAAUGACAUUUUUCUGAAGAAACAUGCUCAUAAUAAUACUUUAGUUCACAUAUACUCUGAGUAUACAUGCAGUUUUAUUGUUUUUGAUCUUUUAAUCCACAUAUUAAAAUGUAAUAUUUAGGUAUUAUGUUAUUCUUAUCAUUGGGUUAAAUUCUACAGAAAACAAAAAUGCAGAUUUUGGGUUAAUGUCAGUGAUUUGGAGGUUAAAAAGAAACACUGAGGGCAACAUAUGUAAUGGCUUCUGUGCUGCCUUGAAUGUCUUAAAUAUUUUUAUGUCCAUAAACAUUUGGUCGUUUUACUGUUAAUUAUGUUCUCACAGUGUGCAUGGAAAUAAAUGAGAACUAUAAAAGGUUUCAACGAGAGAAACGCGACACUGUUAAAAUCAUUAUCAUUACUACUCUUAUUAUUUCAUUGUGAAUUUAACCGAUGUUUAGUUUUCCCAAUAGAAACACAAAUAUGCCUUUUCACCACGGGGACUGAGGCGCCAGAGGUCAGAUCAAUGUCAGGGUUCAGGGUUCAGCUGCAGGACUUUCUGGAGACUUCCCUGAAUAUGUUCUGUUUAGAUUUUUAGCACAUUUUUCUGUGUCGUGGUAUUUCGUGGCGUUCUGUCUACAGAAUCUGCUUUGAAAUGUAAAAUGUUGACAUGUCGGACCUUCCGGUUUAUUUAUUGCGAAGGAUGCUUCAUCGUCAGACUUUACCUGCAUGAUUCUGGUUCAGUCUGGAUCAGUGCGUCUGUCUCAUGAUGCUACUGAGAGAAAUUUACUGACUGUGCUCCUUGUCUUCUAAAUACUGUUGCAUAACACAGAUGGCUCACUCUGUUUUUUGAUGAUGGCAACGAGUUCAGGAAACAGGAAUGACCUUCUCCUUUUCCUGCUGUCAGGAAAACAUCACAUUCAUCUGCCAAAAGUGACAUUUUUGUCAUUAGAAGUCGUACGAUUACGUUGACGAGUUCCAUGUGCAAAAAACAGAUAUGUUAAUUAACAUGCAGAUCUUUUGAAGUCCUGAUAUUUUCCUUGACAGCCUCGCAGUGCUGCUCAUCUGUGGGAGUGGGUGUGAUGCAGCUUCCAGCUUCCCCUCGAACCACAACAAAUCAAUAGUGGUAGCAGAAAAAAAUCUGAAUGAAGGGCUUUUAAUGUUGUUACUCUGAUUGAACUGUUUGCUUCGCAGCUUGUGACCCGAACUUUGAAGAACCUGCUGAACAUUAUUGUAAAUAGAGGUGUAA